UUCCAGCUGGCUCAGUACCGGUGCCUCCUGGUGAAGUACGCCAAGGACACGCGCUACUCCACCUCCGGCGUCUCCACGCACGAUAAGAACACCAUGGAGGCCCUGCCAGCCUGCCUCCUCAUGGACACCUACCAGGAGGCGCUGCGCUCUGCCGUCAUCGGUAUCGAUGAGGGCCAGUUUUUCCCAGAUAUCGUGGAGUUCUGCGAGAUGAUGGCCAACACUGGGAAAACCGUCAUCGUUGCUGCUCUUGACGGGACUUUCCAGAGAAAGGCUUUUGGGAGCAUCCUCAACCUGGUCCCGCUGGCAGAGAGCGUGGUGAAGCUGAACGCCGUGUGCAUGGAGUGCUACCGAGAAGCCUCCUACACCAAGAGGCUGGGAGCAGAGAGGGAGGUGGAAGUGAUUGGAGGAGCAGACAAGUACCACUCUGUCUGCAGAGCCUGCUAUUUCCACAAGCGGCCUCAGCAGGCUGGGCUGGAAAACAAGGAGAACGUGCCCCUGGGGGUGAAGCAGCAGGCGGUGGCUGCCUCCCGGAAGAUCUUUACUUCUUGAUUGCUGGGUCUCCCGCACGGGGUGUUGGGGGGGCGGAAAAAAUGGGAGGAAGGAAGCGACGUGCUGCAGCUCCCAGACGCCAGAUCUGGCUUCCCCUGCUUUUAGCAAACUGGUAAUUAUCUUAGCUCUACCUGCCAAGCCACGCCGCUGUUCCCCUGCACCGCGCGCCCGGAAAGAGGAGGAUCAACUCGACCUGAUGCCGGGGGGGGGAAAGUUGAAGCAGGAGCUUGACUUAAAAGUGAGUUCCUUUCUCAGAACAUGGAAGGUGUAGUUACACAUAGUUACUGAUGCUGCCGCACAAACAGGUUCUGGAAAACCACCCCAGCAAGCCAGGCUGCAGGGCUUCCAUCGCCCGCCGACCUUCUUGCCUGGUCUUCUCCCCAUGCUUGGAGUCCAGACCAGCACUGGUUCACUGGCCUGUCAACACAACCGUUUCUUUCUCUCUUGCACAGUUGCUAAAUUCAAGGUUUCUUAAGACAAUGUACAGUAAGUUAGUAUUUUAAGCUCACUUCCUUUUUUUUGGUUUUUUUUUAACACAGUCUGAAGAGAGAACCUGUUACUUGCCAUAGAGCCGUGGCACAACUUUUUGACUGACAGAGGCAGCGGCCGCCUGGCCCUUGACAGUCCCUUUGGACGACUCUGCACGAUCACUUGCUGUAACUGUCUUUUAUUUUUUUUUUUUGUUAAAACAGGGAUGGGGGGAAAGAAGGCUUGUCUUGACAGCCUGACAGUGGGCUCUUCUGAGCUUUUGAGCUUUAAAAGGGCUGGCAGCGGACAGGAGUAGUCUGUGUAUUAAGACAAGAGUCUUUUUGGAAGAACUAGAGCACUUCAGGAAAAGCCUCCUCUCCAAAAUCAGGGUGGUUUUGCUCAGGUCCAAGCUUGGUGCUGCCACUUCAGGGCUUGGUUACCUGUGAAAGGUUUGGAGGUUCAGGACUUACUCUGUAAAGGUUUGGGAUACUGUUUCUGUGAAGAUCCAGCUCCUUGGAGAAGAGUCUCUGCUUUGAGUGGGUGGUUCUCAACUCCAGUCAUGCAUCUUGCUCCCUCCUGAGCCUUCUAGAAAUUCUCGAGGUUGAUUCUUCCUCUGCUGUAGGUUGACUGAAGGAUCCUCUUCCCCCUUUGCUUGCCUUGCCUUCUGGAAGAUUGUGGGUGGUUUUUUUCCUUACUCCUUGCAAAAGUGCUUUCCCCUCUAAGCCAGCCUCCAUGAGCUCCAGGCGGCAGCUCUGGGUUCUGGCCAGGUCACAUCUCCACGUGUGAAUGCAGCGUGCUCACUUUGUUUUCUCCUUCCAGCUGGGAGGAGACACCUCCUGAGAAGGUUACAAGAGCCCUUUGAAAAACCCUGCUCUGUGUUAUGUGACGCAGUGAGAGUUGUCAUACUCCAGAGCAUUUCACUGCCAGGCCUGGGCUUUCCCCUCGGAGCUGGGGGAAAAAAGGCAGCGCUGCUACUGGUUGAGGUUAAUAAACAACUUAAUGAAAUUA